CUACUCUCACCGUAAACGAGUAUAUAGUUUUCUGUUACCAUCUGGCUAGAAUAUAGUUCCUUGUAUCUCUCACAUGAAAUGCAACAAGAAAUGCGAUUCUUUUACACUGUUAAAACGCAGUUGACAAUCUCUAAUUAUAAGUAGUUCCCUACUUACUACAAAUAACUACUUAGUUCCCUGCCACAUCACUCCUACAUGUGAGCUAGCUACAUAGAAUAUAGUUCUCUGCUUUUUUAAAAGUCAAUUAAUAUAUUCAUUUUACAACAUCUUUUUUUCUACCUCAUAUAUUUGACAGUGUUUCAGGAGGCGUGUUCUCAGGCGGCGACUUACUUUCAUUUUGUACAAAGAAGUAACUUUCCAGACCGGCGACCGGUGUGUCAGAAUAAGACGUUCCCCGCAUCGCCAUGUGCACCUGUCAUCAUAGUAGGCGCACAUAUUGACAUUCUACAAAAAUGCCGUCUGUUCAUCUGUCAACGUUUUCUAAUCAUAUCUGUGCUGUCACUGCUGUUGACGGUUACGAAAUCGUCGUGAGCAGACGCACACACAUAUAGACUCCUGACUCAAACAAAGUUGUAAUAUUCUUAAAAGGAAACGACAUUUCUAAUUCACACACAGUCGCAUCCUUAUAUAAUCUCCUCUCACUGUCUGUCUACCUCUAUUAUAUAUUUAAAAAGCUUGAUGGAUUUCAUAGCUGCUUGUAACUGCAAGGGAAGAAUACUCACGGUUGUCGACAAACAAUGGAUUAAUAACACUGCAUCUUCUAUCAUCACGGCAACAUUAUCACAAUCAAUAAUAGCUGUAUACGUCUCGUUCAUUUGAACUUUCUUUGUUCAUUGUUAUCUAAGAUGUGAUUUUAGUAGAAAUAUUACAAGAACGCAACAACGACCACACCAUUACGCCGCGAAACAUUGCUCGGAAAACUAGCAAACAAACGCCAACAACAACAACAGCAACAACGGUACCUUCACACCUCAACGAAUAACAACCGCACCGUAAAAUACCUCACCGACAAACGACACCACUAUCAACAGCAAUAACAUCAGAAACACACUCCCCCCGUUGACUCACGCCAUUGAAAAACGACGGUCAUAGCAACUAUUUUUAUUACUGUGUUCUGAGAAAAUUAAAACGGGGGAAAUACAAGAAAAUAACUACAGGAAUAUGUUACGAUUUCCACCUCUAACACUACAAUAACUGAAACAACUACAUUAAUAAGCUUUGUCUCCAGUUGUAGUAUUGAUAACAAAGACACACAAACUUUAUAAAAUAUAAUUUUUAUGUACAAACAUUAACAAUUAUUGUUUAUUUGCCAUAAUGUUCAGAGUGAUAUAAACGUUACAAUUCGAUAAUUUCAAGAAUUGUUUUAUAGUAUUAUCAUCAUCAUCGUCAUCAUCUUCACCAGUGUCGCCGUCGUCACCAUCAGGAAGGAAGCGAGAAUCUGUCAUCGAAUGGGAACUGUAUUACAAGAGAGAGAACAGAAUGACUACUGUAUUAAGAAACCUUAUGUUAUCCCUACCCGAAGCGGUGUCGGUGGUGUACGAGGUAGGUCAAAGAUCACCAGCAACGCUAUGACCACCGCAACCGCAGGGGCUACAAACAACAACACUUUCAUUCUUAUCCCUCCAUCCUCUGUUACUAAUAUUCUUACGGUUGUUAAUAAUAAUUGUAAUAUUGGGAGUCUAAUCAAAGCUUGUGAAGAAGAAAAAAAAGGAAAGGAUGGUUGUAGUAGUGACCCGCUGGUAAAAACUUCUGUUGUUGGGGUGUUGAAUUCAGACUUCAACCAUCAUCCUGGCUUGGUUCUCCCGCGAAGCAAUGCAUUAGGUAGGUUAAAAUUGAUAUUCCCAAGCUCGUUCAACACUACUAACAACAAUAUUGUCACCGCUAUCUCGACAACAAUAACAACAACUAUUAAUACUAGCUGUUCUCCCACGAAUAUUUUAGCGUGCUGGAUUAAGGCUUGUAAAAAGGGAGAAAGAAACCCGCAUGUUACGAGUUCGGAUACCGAGGACCCUCGUUUAAAUUAUUAUCAAAAAUUGUUGAAUUGCCCAGUAUUUUGUGAGGAAUCGUCAUGUAGGGUGGUUCUGAUCGAGCUGCUUGUUUUAAACUCCCUUCAAUCUAGUCUUCCUGUUGUUACUGAUACUACCGAUGUUGCUGUCUGUAAUAAUUUUGGUUAUCGUUGGUGUGUGAGUGAAAGGGGUUUACCCGGUCACAAUGAAAACCCUCUCUUGAAACUGAACUCUCAUCGAUCCUAUGACAACGUCUCCAGGCUGAGUGACCACUGUUUAUUACUAGUUUUAUCCUACGACUGUGAAACUUGCCUAAUAGAGAAAGCCUGCGCCUGUUGUCAUCACUACCGACAACUUCAGCAUCUUCAGCAACCUCAUGGCCAGUACCACCAUAAGAUUAGCAACAGUUCUUACACCACUAACUAUAGCAACAAAUACGUCUAUGAUGGUGACAAGCGGAUCAUAAACAAUAAGAACAAAGAUUGCAACUUCGAUAUGUACAACAGCGAUGGUAAGAAUAAAAGAUGCAAAAACAAUAACCGGAGUAUUAACCAUUGCUACGCUACAAACAAUGAGGAUUGCAUCACCGCUACGACCCCGAAUAACAACAAUCGCAACAUCAACAUUUGUACCGCCACAACCAUCAACAACAACAGUAUUCAUGCUACUACAACCACUAAUGCCAUUAACUAUAACCACAAUGCCAUCCACACCAUCAACACCAGCACCACUAACAACAACAGCCAUACUACUAACACCAACAGAAAUCGUAAACCUCAAUCACUGCUGUUCUCUUUGUAUCACCAGUUUGUUUCUGCUUUUUUCUUACACUCUGUCCUUUCUUCAUACAAUGUGAUAUUUGUAGCAUUUACAAUGGUUUCACUGGGGAUGCUGCCAACAACUAGCCAGGCCCUUCACCUGCAAGGUGUUUGGAAAAGUGACAACUUCUUUGUGUUUCUGGCAAAGUUUGGCUUUCAGAAGACAGACCUUAGAGACUUAGAACACACCCAAGGAAUCAUAUAUGGACAAGUGUUUUCUAACAGCAAAAAUCCCAUCUCAGCUGCUGACCAACACUCAUCCAAUCCAAUGCUGACAUUGGUACUGGUGGACAGUGAGUAUUUCAUGGAAUACUAUGGCAACCGGACUUCACAUGAUUUGAACCGCUGUUCUCGAAUGUUUGACAAGAUUGAUACAAUAGCCUUUGAUUAUAAAUGUCGGCCUAAAGGGCUGGAGGACUUUCUCAGGAAGGUGCCUUGUUCUGAGAAUCAGAUGUGUGUUGAUGAGGACGAUCCCAAAGAUGUCAUCGAUGGAUUUCAGUUUACAUACAGGAUCCGAGAUUUAGAAAGGCCAAGGUUUUGGUACCUGAGCUUGGCAGCGUGUCAUCGAAAUAGUGGUCAGAACAGCCAGAACAAGAGUAUGCAGUGCAAAUGGUGGCAGUCACCAAAAGACAUUGAAAUAGCUUAUGACAUCUGGCUGGUGAAUGGACACCCGUCAAUGAAACAUAUUAACCCUUUUGAGCACCAGUUUUCAUUUGAGCUUCAUGAUGUUGCUGAGAUAUACCUGAUCGCACUGCUGUUAUACUGUAUCCUCCUUGGCACCUGGUUACGGGCCUACAACAAAUUAAUCAAACACCCAGUUACGAAGCUGCUGACAUUGACAAUUGUUCUUGAGAUGGUGGGGAUUCUACUCAAUUGCAUUCAUGUCAUCAAGUUUGCCUUUGAUGGGGUUGGUGUGAAUUGGUUGUCGGUGGUAGGAAAUGGCACUGAUGUGCUCGCCGAGUGUCUCUUCAUGCUGCUUGUACUUGUAAUCGCAAAAGGAUGGGCCAUCACAAAUAUGUAUCUUGAAGGUAAAUGGGUGAUAUUCUCUAUUUGGGGUCUCUACACAGUCCUCAAUGCUGUCUUGUUUGUGUGGAACCUGACUGAAAUCGACAUUAUUUCAAACACUGGUGAGUGGCAUACCGGCCCUGGCUAUCUGACCCUUGUCUUUCGUCUCACUAUUAUGCUCUGGUUCCUCUAUGAGCUACGUUGGACAUUCCUAAAUGACCCACAGUCAAAGCGUCUGCUGUUCUUCCAACACUUUGGCGCUGGUAUUCUUGUCUGGUUCGUCUACUUACCUGUACUUGUCAUGGUCAGCUUACAAAUAUCAGCACUGUGGCGCUACAAGACUAUUCUCAGCAUCUCAUUUGCUGCUAAUUUCCUCUCUGCUGUCUGCAUUGUCCAUCUUCUCUGGCCAUCACAUUCUGUUCUCUAUCUGAUCAAACAGGAUGAAUUAAUUGGAGCCUAUGAAAUGGAAGUGACUGGCUUCCUGGAAGAUCCAGAGAAUUCUUUAGCAUCAGAGGAAAUCCUUGAAGAGGAACGAUUUGAGAAACAUUCUAAAAAACAAGAUAGUUCUUCAUUAUUGAAAAGUCUGUCAAAAAACAAUGGACAAGCACCAUCAGAGGAUAAGGAACUUCUACUUGAUUGACAUUGUUCUCUUUGUUUUUUUCCUUAUUUUUCUUUCUCCAACCCAACAUAAUUUAUUUAUGAUCAAAAUUCUUGUGUUUGUUUACCUCAUUAACAAGUGGUAAUUAUGUAUUAUUAUUAAAUUUCCAAACUUUUGUUUCCAUCAAAUACUGCUGACAAAUUUUAAAAAUGUAUUUUUUUUUUGUUUAAUUCAGACGACAUUCCAAAAGAUGGUAGAAGCCAGUAAAUUGUGUGUGUGUGGUGUGUGUGUGUGUGUGUGUGUGUGUGUACAGACAAACAUAAAUAUAUAUCCAUGUACACAUGCAGAAAGGAGUGAAUGAUUGAAAGUGGCACUCAACAUAGUUGGUUAGAGUUACAUGUAUUUAAUAGCAUUAACUCAGCUCCACAUAACUUAAAGUUUUGUAGGUAUGUAGAACAUACGUCUUAUCAGAUGUUUAGAGCUAGAGUUUACUUCCGACUGCUUCCAAACAUCUGGUGAGAGGGAUGUAUAGAUGUGCCCACAAAACAUGUAGAGCUGAGCCAAAUUCCACUCCACCUCUUGUAUCUCCAUUGCUUGCAGUGGGCACACUGUAUGGAAUACCUGCCUACACCUCUCCCAUUUAUUAAACAGGGCUAUUUACCUGAAGGGAGCAGAGUCCUGUCUGUUUUCUUGCUUACUAGCACUUUGGUCUUGGCUAAGUUAACUCUAAGACCUUUUGAUUCCAGGUUUUGGUUCCACAUCUGGAAUUUCUUUUCUAAUUCUAUUACAUAUUCUGCUAUGAGUAAAAGGUCGUCAGCAUAUAGCAGUUCUCAAGAGCAGCCAGCCUUAAAUUUCUGUUAUGGCCAAGAGGACAAUGAUGGAUAGAAGAGUACUGGGAACUGAGUCCUAGCAAACUUCUACCUGUACUCUAAAUUCAUUGCUGUAUUCAUGGCUAACUCUCACCUCACUGACAACUGGUGUGUCUAAGUGGCUAAGAAGCUUGCUUCCUAACCAUGUCACCUUGGGUUCAGUUCCACUGUAUGGCACCUUGGGCAAGAGUCUUCUACAAAAGCCUUGGGCUUGGCUGUGUGGCAAGAAGUUUGUUUCCAUCCCAAUCACAUGGUUCCAAGGUCCGUCACACUGUGUGAUACCUCGGGCAAGUGUUUUUAUUAUAGCAUUGGAUCAACAAAAGGGUUGUGAGUGGAUUUGGUAGAUGGAAACUGAAAGAAGCCUGUGGCAUGUAUACGUAUGCAUGUAUAUAUAUAUAUGUAUGUGUGUGUGUGUGUGUAUUAUGUGUGUGCGUGUUUGGAUGUGCCCUUGUCCUGACAGUAUGUCUGUAAAUGAGCAUCACAGCCAUGCAAGUGAUGUUGGUAAUUUCCAGUCUUUUGUUAGAAACAUGUCUAGCCAUGGGGAAAUAUUACCUUACUUGCAAACAGACUGGCAGUAGGAAGGGCAUCUGUCUGUAGAAAAUCUGCCUCAUCGUAUUCCAUCUGACCCAUGCAAGCAUGGAAAAUUGGACGAUUAAUGACGAUGGUGAUUAGGUUUGCAAAUAUGUAUAAAAAAUUUAUACUUGUGUGUGUGUGAGUACAUGUCCUUACUUGCUUAAAGCCACAGCAAUUGUGUACUCAGUGUGUGUGUGUCUUUCUGUGUGUUUUAUUGCAUUUGUGUAAUGUUACAUAACUACUUUGUUUUUAUUUUCAACCUCCCUUCCUAUUGUUUUGAAAUUCACAAGGGAAAAUAUAAUUAAAUGAGAACAACAAUUAAAAUUUUUAUAACUAACAGUAAUUAAAAGGUCAAAAUGUUGCCGACAGUUUUAUACAUACAUACACACACAUACAUACCAUGCAUACAUACAUACAUACAUACAUACAUAGACACAUACA